AUGGAGAGCCUUACCAUGGGGACGUAUGCCAUGGCAGACAACUUCAGAAUCGCGAACGCCUCCGUUACAGUCACGAAGAGAGGCACUGUUGUAAGGUUCACGAGGAGCGGGCCUGGCGGGUCGGUACGAGUGAAGUAUGAUGGGCUCAACACACUCAUCUGGUCUUACUCUUCAACUGGCGCUACCAGGGUGUUUGGAGGACAUAUGAGACACAGGGGCAGUGCAGUGGUGAAUCUGGCGUGCAACGUGGUACCACUCGUGAAACUGAGAUUCUAG